GGCUUCUGCAGCGGUCGCCGUCGGUGGGGUGGGGAGCUCCUCUGCGCCCCUCUGGCCGGAUCCCUUCAGCGCUGUGGUACCGCGCCAGCCUUUCUCGCUCUUCGGCGCCAUGACCACCACCACCACCUUCAAGGGCGUCGACCCCAACAGCAGGAAUAGCUCCCGGGUUUUGCGGCCUCCAGGUGGCGGAUCCAAUUUUUCAUUAGGCUUUGAUGAACCGACAGAACAGCCCAUGAGGAAGAACAAAAUGGCCUCUAGCAUCUUUGGGACACCUGAGGAAAAUCCCCCUUCGUGGGCCAAGUCGGCAGGUGCCAAGUCCAGUGGUGGCAGAGAAGAUUCUGAGUCAUCUGGACCCCAGAGAAGGAACUCUUCUGAAGCCAACUCUGGAGACUUCUUAGACCUGAAGGGAGAAGGCGACAUUCAUGAAAAUGUGGACACAGACUUGCAGGCCAGCCUGGGGCAGAGUGAGGAGAAGCCUGUGCCCGCUGCCCCUGUGCCCAGCCCAGUGGCGGUGGCACCAGCCCCGGUGCCGUCCCGAAGAAACCCCCCUGGUGGCAAGUCCAGCCUCGUCCUGGGUUAGCUCCGACUGUCCCCAACUCUGUCGUUCUGUUUGUUUGUUUGUUUUCUCCAUGCUUGUGAACUGCACAACUUGAGCCUGACUGUACAUCUUUUGGAUUUGUUUCAUUAAAAAAGAAGCACUUUAUGUACCGCUGUCUUUUUUUUCCUUUCCCUUUUGAAGACCAGGUUCUUGAUCUGUCCCGAGUCCUCUGGGUCUGUAGGCCACGGCAUGAGUGUUUUCUAGUAGUAGGUUGGAGGGAAAGCUUCGUGAGACUUAGUACCGUGUUUUUAAGAACAAAUAAUUUGAUUCCAAAUGUGUUAGAGGAUCUUUUGUACUGAGGUUUUUAAAACCCCUUCCUGUCAGCUUUACUUGGGUGCACCAAGCCUCGAUGGGACAGGCCCGUAAACAGUCCACAGGCACCGUCCCGCAGGCCUUCGACACAGGGCUCUCUGCUGAACCUUCCUGGCGUUGCCCUAACUUGUGAGUGCCCUUCGCUAAAAGCAUCUUCUGUGCCAUAUGAACAGUCAAGAGGCCUGUGCCUCAUGCCUUGCUGCCUGCAGAGCAAAGAAACUGCCUUUUUUUUUGAACCGUAAGAAAUAAGCCAGAUACUAACUUGACUGGCCAAGGAGCAAAGCCUCCUGCGCUCCCGCAGAGGACAGCUCCGUGUCCACGCCAAAGGACCAACGCAAGCGCGUGGAGCCAGCGAGGGCAGGGGCCACGCAGAAGCGGGUCUGCGACCUGGGCGGCCCCGCUGGGGCAGGGCUCGGAGAGAACUUGAAGCUGUGUGCAUGAUGCUGGUGCUUGACCCUCAAACGAAAAGUCUCAUCCUUAAAAAGCGUGUUGUACUUCACAAUCCUGGACUGUUGCUUGAAGUAAACAAGUGUACAAAUUUUGAAA